GUAACCUCUGUCACGUUCUUUAUGUGAGUUUUUCUAAACAUCCGCUGAUGUAACUGAAGGUAAUCUAUGAACUUUGCCUUUCAUCAAUGAGUAAAGUCACAGUCUGGAGCUGUGUGUUACAUCUCAUCAAAUUCCCCAUGACGCUUAUAAGGAGGAUCAUAACCAAGCUGGUCACUCGAGUGCUUCUGGGCACUUCAACUACUUUACAUUGUGAGAAAAUGUCCAGUGAAAUAACAUCCAUCACUUCCAGGAGGAAGAAACUGGUGGUCGGGCUCGGGAACCCUGGUAUGAACGGCUCACGGCACAGCGUUGGCAUGGCUGUGAUUGCAGCACUGGCAGAGCAUCUGGGAGUGUCUGAUCAGUGGAAAUCGGACAGACACGUAUCAGGAGAGGUUAUUGUUACAGGUUAUCAGGACACACAGAUUGUGCUUCUCCGGCCAAAACUGCUCAUGAAUGUCAAUGGUGUGAGUGUGGCGAAGGCAGCAAGCAGAUUUUCUAUUCGACCUGAACACAUUGUCUUGGUACAUGAUGAACUUGACAAACCGCUUGGAAAACUUGCCAUCAAACAUGGAGGGAGUGCAAGGGGUCACAAUGGUGUCCGGUCCUGUAUCGACUGCCUUCACACUGAUGUUAUGCCACGACUGCGAAUUGGUAUCGGCAGACCUUCAGGAAACACACCCGUGGAUAGACAUGUUCUGGGCAGGUUUUCUAAAGAAGAACAGAACACGUUAAGCUCUGUCAUGGGGCAAAGUGUAGAACUUUUACUGGCACAAAUCACAGAGCAACAACUCCAACGAGCUCCAGCAGGGGGCAGGAGAGCAACACAGAAGAGGAAAGAGAGGCCACCUUCUGCAGUGCAGGAGCCUGAGGAAAAGCCACACACAACUGACCUGAACUGCCAAUAAGCUAAUGAUUAUAAACUCAUGACUCUGCUGAUUGUGGAUGUUUGUAUUGUAAAAUUGAAUAAAUGACAGUUCUGUUUUAAGUGGACAUUCUGCGGUGUGAGAAAAGA